AGUAUCACAUGCUCUCGCUGUUAUUGAGAUCAGCAGGAAUGAACACUACUCGCUGCAUUACAGCCCCCUGUCUCAGAUAGCCGGGCACCCGGGCAGCUAGUGUGUGGUGUCACCGUAGCGGUGAAACAGGACGAGUUUGAAAAAAAUUCCCAGUUACUACCGAAUAUUUGAAUGGUCCUCCGGGCUACCAAGGCUUUCGUGUUUGCGAUCUACGCUUGGAUGAAGAAAUGACAAGGUUCCUGAAAGGGCUGGAAGGUGUGUGCUCGGACCUGCCCUUCCGUGUGUGAGUCCCUGGGGGACUGGCUGGACUCUGGAGGUGCUCCGUGUGUGGAAUUCCUGGCUGCACCGGAAUCCCUGUGAAAAUGUUCCGAGGACCAACGCACUUUUGUCUUUCGCCUGUGCCUCCCUGCACCCCCCCGGCCCCCGGCUUUGCGAUCGUCUGCCCUCUGCUCUCUUUUCCCGUUGGGCGCUGGCAAUAAGGACUUCUCUGAACGGGGCACCUGGGACAUCUUACUCCGAAAUCGGGUGUGGGGGGGGGGAAAAAAAGGGGGUGGCCCAUCGAGAGCGGCCUGUUUUGUGAGUGUUGUUAAAUCGCACUCAGUGGCCUGAAUCUGGUGUUUGUGUGUUUGGGAGGGGGAAUCGGCUCUGAAUUCGGUUUUCUGGGAGGGGGAAUCAGCUCUGAAUUUGGCGGUUUGCUGGGAGAGGAGGGGAACAGCUCUGAAUUUGGCGGGCUGCGGCGAGGAUGUCGGGGCCGGAGAUGGCGAUAAACAGCGAGGCGGGGGACUGGGGCGGGAGCGAUGACGCCGGGGAGCGCGCCUGGCUCCUGCAGAGCCCCAGCGUGGAGACGGGACCCCCCCCGCGCGAGCCGGAGCGGGAGAGGGAGGGGCGCGGGGGCGGGACCUCAGCCCUGGGCGCCGUCUUCAUCGUGGUCAACGCCGCCCUCGGUGCCGGGCUGCUCAACUUCCCCGCCGCCUUCAACGUCGCCGGCGGCGUCACCUCGGGGGUCACGCUCCAGCUGUGCAUGCUGGUCUUCAUCAUCAGCGGACUGGUGAUCCUGGCCUACUGCUCCCAGGUCAGCAACGAGACCACCUACCAGGAAGUGGUGCGGGCGGUGUGCGGGCGCGUCACGGGGGUCAUCUGCGAGGUCGCCAUCGCCGUCUACACCUUCGGCACCUGCAUCGCCUUCCUCAUCAUCAUCGGCGACCAGCUGGACAAGCUGAUCGCAGCCAUGGCUCACGAGCCUGAGGGGGUGAUGGACGAUCACUGGUACACCGACCGCAGGUUCACCAUCGUGGUGACCUCAGUACUGGUCAUCCUGCCUCUCUCCAUCCCCAAGGAGAUUGGUUUCCAGAAGUAUGCCAGUGCGUUAAGUGUCAUUGGUACCUGGUAUGUGACCAUUGUCGUCAUCAUCAAGUAUAUCUGGCCGGACAAGGAGAUUUCACCGGGUUACAUUCCCACCAGUCCCUCCUCCUGGACAGACGUGUUCAAUGCUAUGCCCACCAUAUGCUUCGGCUUCCAGUGCCACGUGAGCAGCGUGCCCGUCUUUAACAGCAUGAGGAAGCGUGAGAUUCAGCCCUGGGGGGGCGUGGUCACGGCGGGCAUGAUCAUCUGCCUCUUCGUCUACACCGGCACAGGUGUCUGUGGCUUCCUGUCGUUCGGCUCCACCGUGAAUCAGGACGUUCUGAUGUCAUACCCCUCCAACGACAUCGCCGUGGCUGUCGCCAGGGCCUUCAUAGUCGUCUGUGUGGUGACAUCAUAUCCCAUUCUGCACUUCUGCGGAAGGGCGGUGCUGGAGGGCCUGUGGCUGCGCUUCCGGGACGAGCCGGUGGAGGUGGACGUGGGGCGGGAGCGGCGGCGGCGGCUGCUGCAGACGGUCACGUGGUUCGCGCUCACCCUCCUCCUGGCGCUCUUCAUCCCGGACAUCGGCCGCGUCAUCUCCCUCAUCGGCGGACUCGCCGCCUGCUUCAUCUUCGUCUUCCCAGGCCUGUGUCUGAUUCAAGCCAAGCUUUCGGAGAUGCAGGAAGUUAGACCCGGAAGCUGGUGGGGGCUGGUGUCCUACGGCAUCUUCAUGGUGACCAUUGGAGCGUUCAUCUUUGGGCAGACCACAACCAGCGCCAUCUUCCGCGACUUCCUCUACCACGACAACCAAUAGGCAGCUGGCCGGAGGCGGGGUGGAAAAUGAGGAGGUGUGGAGAGAGAGAGAGAGAGAGAGAGAGAGAUGGACGGAGGGGAGGAGAGUGCGAGAGGGGGAGGGUGGAUGGUAUAGAGAGGAGGACAGAAGCUGCUACACUGACCUCAGGAGAGAGGCACAGGUCCGUGCUUCAGGUGCACUGCCAGACCUCCCUUGUCCCUUCAUAGUCCUUCACCCUCCACUCCGACCUCUCUCCCUGACCUCCCUCCUUCUCUCGGGCUCUCCUUGGACUCCUCCUGCAUGCAGCCUCCUACCCCUACCGAUGCAUCGCUACCACCAGUCCCAACGCAGUCGCCUCCUCGGCCCCUUGUGACGCGCUGGCACCACACGUGCCGAACCUGAUAAUGUAAACAGGGCCUCGUCCUCUCUCUCCUCCUAAGAGCCGCAAUGAAGAGGAGCCACCCGGAACCCCAUGUUCUGAUUGGCACAGCAGGGCCUGAGAUGAAAUCUGAUUGGUGGUGAGGGCGGAAGGCACGCCGGUCGAAGGGGGCGGGGCCAGUGGAAUUGAAAUUAUGGAAUCAAACCGAUGGAUUUAAUUUUCACAAGACGGACACCUUUUCUGAUUAACUGUAAUUGCCUCUGCUGCUGGGAUAUGUUUGAUUUUAUGUUUUGCUGCUGAACUGGAGACCCUUAAUAUCAGAUGAUCAUUAAACCGGUUGUGGUCCCUCCUUCCCUCCUCUCCUCUCCAGUUGUGCUAAAGAUAGACCAUUGCCAAAGUACCACAAAGCAAACACAGGAAGCAUGCCACUUGGUAACAUGGUCACUGCAGUUCUGAAUCCUGACAGCAGGGGGCACCGUGAGCAGUAAAUGCAUGUUUAGUCUGUCUGUUGAUCCUGGCUUUCUUCCCCCUUGGCCUUGCAUUACGUUCAGAGUUCACACUAACACAUCUGGUUCACUGACCCUGGGCCUGGUAAAACUUGAGUGACAGUUAGAGUUUGUUCGGUUCACCCCAUCAGUUGAGUUUGGUCAAAUUUGGGGGAGAAAAAAUAUUAUGAAUUCUGAUGAAUCCCAGAGAACCCUUUUUAAAUUUGCUGCCACUAGCAAGAUGUUUAAUGUACAUGCUAUGGAAUGAAAAUGUUAAAUUGAUUUUUUUCCCCUCUCUCAGUUCAUGUGACAAACAACUGACCAUUUGGCCCCACUGCACCCCCAAUGAAAGGCCACAUUGUUUCCAAAUCUGCCUUUGUUCACCUUGUGGCCUAUAUAGGUGUCCUGGCAAGGUCCAGAAGAGUGGGCAUAGUCUAUUUCAAACCUCUGUUGUACCUGCGGCCAUUGAAUUUUCCUAAAAGGACCAUGGGCUGUUUUUAGUAUCUCAUGUAACUGCCUGUAAGGAAAACUGACUUAAAUAAUGUCUUUAAAUGUCUGCCAGAAAGAAGAACAACAACACUAAUGCUCGUACUGGUGGUGAUUUUAGCUGAAUCAACCUGUCAUGUUUUUAUACUGCUGAAUGUGUAAGAUACAAGGACAAGGAAACAAGGGUCCUAUGUAAAGGGAUUACGCUCCCUCUUAUUGGAUGGGUUUCAUAUUUUUUUGGAACAGGUUUGACCAUGUAAAGCAUGACAUCACAAAUAUGGGAUUCGUAUGUUCUAUAGAACUGGACAUUCCAAUGAUGAUGUAACAAUCACUACUGGUAGCUGAAAGCAGUGGAGGUCUAGAACACUGACUUUGAAUUUAUAAAAAGACAUUCCAAAAAAAAAAAACCUUCUGUUAAGUCACAGGUUUUCUCACCAUCUUCCUAACGGAAAAGGGACACAUGCCAGUACAGAAGGCAGUCCCGGUGGCUUCCUCAGUCAUUAUUAAUAGCUUGGUUCCGUUCAGUUCCAAGCCCGGGCUGGAGACCUAGCUGAGAAGCGAGAGAUGUGAAUAAUUCAUGCAAUCAAGGGAAUUAUGUAGUACAGUCAACAGAGGCCCUCUUCGUGGGGUGUCCGAAAACAUCCAGUCUGACUUGGAAGGGGAUCAAGGAAAAGGGAUGAAUUCUGGGACUGAAAAAAUAGCUGCUUGUGAACACUUGUUUUUAGGCAAGGGAAAUACUUGUUUACACAGUGGAGUAAAAUUGAAGUUGUUUACUUGAAUUUAGCUGGGUGCAGGGUCCGAAAAUAACUUUCUGGCUCACCUUCCAAGGGCAGGUAAACAUGUAAAAUUUACCAGAUUUUUUUUUUCCUUUUUGUUUUUUUUACUGGCCAGCAAUAUUUGCAUGUAUUAUUUCAUUGAACAAAAUAAAGUUUUUAGUAUGCCAUUUCGUGUUUAGAUUUGAUUUUGAAAUGACAAUUACAAAGAGAAAAUAUCAGACUUCCAGCUUUUCAGUAUUUUUUUUGCUUUUUGAACAAUUAACACUAUUAACUCUUCAGAGUUUGUUACAGCCAUGGUACUGUCUGUGGUGCUGUACAACAGCCAGGAUCAUGGGGCACCCUUGUCAUUAUUGUGCAAAAUUCAUCUUCCACCCAGUUUUCUUCUUCAUUUUUUCUUUUUGGUGACCUAACCCCUUCAGGGUGUCACCAUAUGUAAGUGUAGAUGUUAAAAAUGAAUUAAGUUCUUCACAGAAUGAGAGAGAGAGAGAGAGAGAGAUGACAGAGUUCACUUGAUGGAAAAAUUCAAGAGAGAAACUGCAAUGCCGAUCAGCCAAUCACAGGCCUAAGAU